AUGGCAACGGUCAUCUGUACUCGCUUCACGGAUGAGUACCAGCUCUAUGAAGAACUGGGAAAGGGAGCUUUUUCCAUUGUGCGCCGGUGUGUGAAGGUGCUGUCGGGUCAGGAGUACGCCGCAAAAAUCAUCAACACCAAGAAGCUUUCUGCUAGAGACCACCAGAAAUUGGAUCGUGAGGCACGAAUUUGUCGCUUACUGAAACACCCCAACAUCGUUCGUUUACAUGACAGUAUUUCCGAGGAGGGACACCACUAUCUAAUCUUCGACUUGGUAACAGGUGGGGAGCUGUUUGAGGAUAUUGUAGCCAGAGAAUACUACAGUGAAGCAGAUGCCAGUCACUGCAUCCAACAGAUUCUGGAAGCGGUGCUGCACUGUCAUCAGAUGGGUGUGGUCCACCGAGACCUAAAGCCAGAGAACCUGCUGCUGGCCUCCAAGUCAAAAGGUGCUGCCGUGAAGCUGGCAGACUUUGGCCUUGCCAUCGAGGUGGAGGGAGACCAGCAAGCUUGGUUUGGCUUUGCGGGGACUCCUGGUUAUUUGUCUCCUGAGGUUUUAAGGAAGGAUCCAUAUGGAAAAGCUGUGGACCUCUGGGCUUGUGGAGUGAUUCUGUAUAUUCUGCUGGUUGGCUAUCCUCCUUUCUGGGAUGAAGACCAACACAGACUCUACCAGCAGAUAAAGGCUGGAGCUUAUGAUUUUCCUUCUCCAGAAUGGGACACAGUGACUCCUGAAGCCAAAGAUUUGAUUAACAAGAUGUUGACCAUCAACCCGGCGAAACGCAUCACUGCUGCCGAGGCUUUAAAGCACCCCUGGAUCUCUCACCGCUCCACAGUAGCUUCCUGUAUGCACAGGCAAGAGACAGUUGAAUGUCUGAAGAAGUUUAACGCCAGACGAAAACUCAAGGGUGCCAUUUUGACCACCAUGCUGGCUACAAGAAAUUUCUCUGGGGGAAAGAGUGGAAGCAAUAAGAAGACAGAUGGAGUGAAGGAAUCAUCUGAAAGCACCAACACCACCAUUGAGGAUGAGGAUACAAGAGUGAGAAAACAGGACAUAAUUAAAGUAACUGAACAACUUAUUGAGGCCAUAAGCAAUGGAGACUUUGAGAGCUACACGAAAAUGUGUGACCCAGCGGUGACGGCUUUUGAGCCUGAAGCAUUGGGAAAUCUGGUUGAGGGCCUCGACUUCCACCACUUUUACUUUGAAAACCUGUGGUCCAAGAACAGCAAACCCGUCCACACCACCAUUCUCAACCCUCACAUCCACCUGCUGGGGGACGAAGCUGCCUGCAUCGCCUACAUCAGGGUGACGCAAUACAUUGACGCGAACGGAAUUCCAAGAACUGCCCAAUCAGAGGAGACCAGGGUGUGGCAUCGCAGGGACGGGAAAUGGCAGAUCGUCCAUUUCCACCGCUCAGGCGCCGCCUCCACGCUGAGCAAGUAA